CAGCAUCUUGCCUUCCCUUGAGGACAGCACUGAAGUGGGAUAUUCCGGGAAUCACUCGAAAGCAGCAUUAGGUCUGAUUGACGUGUGGCGUCCUGGGGCCAUUACGUCACGAGUCCGAAAUCUUCCAUGGAAGUAUUUUGACAUAUCUUGGGGGAAACCAACAACGGUGGAUUCAUGGUGAGACUCUAGCACAGAUUGUCAGGAUAUCACCGGAGAAGAAGAGGCAAUGGAGAAGAAGAGCAAGCCAGCCCAGAGGACCCGCUCCCCGGACGGUAGCGCCAGAGACAGGGUGGACAGCGUGGAUCCGUAUGGCUUUCAGCGCUCUAAGGACUUUGAUUACGAGUCAUAUGAGGAGCUCAUGUCUGAGUAUCUAGUGGUGCUGACCCGACGUACCAUCAAGUGGUCCAAACUACUAAAGGGGAAAAGAAGAGUGCAGAAGAAUGUAAAACUGAAGCGCUACGUACGCAAGGGGAUUCCCAAUGAGCACCGGGCUCUGAUCUGGAUGGCCGCCAGCGGGGGUCAGGACCAGCUAGAGAAGAACCCAGGAUACUACCAGUCCCUGCUCGGAGCCCAGCACGACCCCAAACUGGUGGAGACCAUCUGCACAGACUUGAACAGAACAUUUCCAGACAACGUGGCGUUCCGCAAGACAGCCAACCCAUGUAUGCAGAAAUCUCUGUAUAACGUGCUGUUGGCCUAUGGCAACCACAACCCAAAUGUGGGCUACUGUCAGGGGAUGAACUUCGUUGCAGGGUAUCUACUUAUCAUUACAAAAGAUGAAGAGAAGUCCUUCUGGCUGAUGGAUGCACUGCUUGGUAGAAUCUUACCAGACUACUACAGUCCCGCCAUGAUGGGGCUGAAAACGGACCAGGAAGUGUUGGGGGAACUGGUGAAAGUUAAAAUCCCCGGAGUGUGGCAGACCAUGAUGGAUCAUAACGUCAUGUGGAGCCUCGUGGUGUCCCGAUGGUUCAUCUGUCUUUACAUAGACGUCCUGCCAGUAGAGACAGUUCUGCGGAUCUGGGACUGCCUGUUCUACGAGGGUUCUAAAAUCCUGUUCCGCGUGGCCCUGACUCUGAUCCAGCACCAGCAGGCUCUGCUGCAGCAGGCCCAGUCCCUGCCGGACGUCUGCCAGAACUUCAAGCAGAUCACCCAGGGACCAUUUGUGGAAGAAUGUCACACUUUCAUGCAGAAAAUCUUCACUGAACCAGGAAGUCUCUCCAUUGCAACCUUGAGUAAGCUGCGGGCGACUUGUCGAUCUCGCAUCAGUGCAGAAGAACACUGAACCAACCUGUUGCGCCAUUUCAAUACACAUUCCACCGGGAUGAGCCCCGAGCGCUCGUUUGCACCUUCUUCUUUUUUACUGACACAUGAAUGUCACAGUGACUCUCACAUGCUGUUGAGGUUUUGUCAUAUUUAAGACAAUUCUACAGCCCAAGUGUAAUUAUGUUGUGAAAUGAGAAUAUUCUUAGCAAUGUAUGAGCUGAGCAUUCCAUUGGGAAUUAACUUGUAGUUGCUUGCUUUUGUUAAAUGAUGCACUUUACUCCAGAAAGUCAGAGACACUAGAGAAAAAAAAGAUUAGCAGCCGGGUCAGAUAAAUGUGUCGGCCUACUGUAUUUCAAAUUGAUGGUAAAUGAAGACUGACAAUCGAAUGCUGUAACUGAAUGAGAGUUAUGCAGAAACAGAUUUUCAAACAUUUCAAAAUCUGAAUAAUGCAUUAUUGUCUGUGUUCAAUAUUUGAGCAAAUGUCAUAGUAAGCAUAAUUGAAGUGUACUAUAAUGAAAAGAUUGAAGUGUAACUAAGAAAAAGCUGCUCUUUUCACACAAAGAGGUUUCCUGUUUGUUCUGUGCAGGGUUAUUAUCCUAAACUAACACGAAAAUAAGCAGUUCAAGUUCAAUCAAUUUGUGAUAUUGAACCACAACAGAUGAACACACUUGACAUUCCAGGAGAUGGUGAUAUUGCUUCACAAUGAAUCCCUGAUGUGGAUGCUGUCUAGUUUUGUAGAGUUUAAUGACAUAACCAUGAUUUAUAUUGUAAUAGAUCAAAUGUCAUUUAACCAAGCAAUUCCUCUCAGGUGUACUGUCCUAUUUCAAAAAUAUUUAAAUAUUAUGAACAUUCCUACAGUUUUCUAACCCAUAUAUAUGUUGGUAUGUUAAUCAUGUCACAUGCUUCUGGGACAUUCAACCUGGCUCUAACCAAACCGAACCUUUGUUGGAAAACUGACACUCUUACUAAAACUGAAUUAAACCAAAAGAAAAAAAAGAAAUUCAAA